CCAUGGUUCCAAUAACAGGAAAAAGGUUAUUUGCAGAGGAGGAAAGUUGUCAACAAGAAUCUAGUGGUAGCAAAAGGAAUCCAGUACAACUAAUGGAAGAAAAAACUUCAGGACAACUCAAAAUUCAUGGAGAAAACAUGUUUAGGCAAGAGCGCAGCACAUUGGUCAACAUAACUGAUGAUUUUUACAACACAAAUCUCUCGUUAGGAAGGCCAAGCAGUUUUCGUGGAAAAGAAAAUGCACCACCAAAGAGGAUUGUCCAACCAAGCAGGUACUGUAGCUCACCGUACGACUGCAGCGAAAGGGGCCCAAUAAUGCCACACGAGAGAAAGAUGUAUGAGAACAUAACAUUCCUGGCCAAUGUUGAAGGAUCGAAACCUACAGUUUUGAUUGACAAAACCAUUGCCACAUUUGGACAGUUGGGUAACUCGAUGAAAAUAGGUGGCCGCGUCCAGGCCUAUGUCAUAAAUGUGUACUGUAGGCACCUAUUUAAUGAAAAUCAUCCUAGGAACUCACUCAAUCACUAUUUUUCCACACUGCAUCUGUAA